AUGAUGUACUCCGGCUGCAGUUUGUUCCUUUUCUUUGAUGACUCGGUGGUAGUGCACUAUGGGGCUGAAGGGAGACUCUGCCUGUCACCGUGCGGCACCGAAUUCCUGUAUGAGAAGCCUCUGGUUGGCGCUCACCCUGUACAAAAGCCAGAGAGGGGGAGGCACAGGACUGAGUUUGUGACAAGCAGAUGCCGGGAUCAAGUUCUCCAGGCCCUGAACUUCCGCAACACUUUCUCUGGCCGUCCAUUUCUACCUUCAAGUCUCAUCCCUUCAGAGAAAAGAAUUAAUGUUAUGAGCGAUAUCUCUGAAGUCACAUGGCCCUCUGUGGAGGAUGAUGCCGGGUGUGUGACACGUCUGGAAGAUGGCAGUGUAAAGGUUUCUUCUGUGGAUGGACAUGCCCAUUUAUACAUGCCCAUCUCUCAGCAAGAGUUCACUGUGGAGUUCUUAUGUCAGCUCAGCUGUUUCCCCACAUCGCAGAAGAAAGAGAAGCCAGCGAGCAGUGAACCAAAUGCAGCAAAUGAUAAAACUAGAGACAGGUGGAAAUAUUCCUCCUGUGUGAUACAAGAAGACGCCCAGUCACUUGUGACAAAGCAUGCCUUCCAGUAUACAUGGCUGGUGCAGCGCUACUCUACAGCUCUAUGUCCACAGACAUUCCACCAUCCUAUGAACCUAGCUCUUCAUUUCCACAGGCAGUUCACACAAAGAGAUACAGAGGGCUGUUCAGAUACUUGUACAACAAUUGCUGAUGAUGAGUGCUCAAAACAUCUCAGAAAUGGAGCAGUGUCUGUUUUACCGUGUUCCCUGCCUCUCGGCUGUCCUGCAACACACCUGCACAGAUGGAAUUUUUCUUAUUUCACUUUGGAAGAAGAAGAUUUUCUGAUGGCUCAUCCUCUGCCUUUAAAAGUGGUGAUUUACAAUGGUGUGCUUUACAGGUUCAAUUUGGAUGCCGUUCUUUCAGUAGAAGUAUACCCCGGUGAUGGAUCUGUUUUUCGCUCAGAGGGUGAUAACAUCGGAAAAUAUUUCAAGCAUUGCUUCAUUAAUGGUGGAAUAGGACAGGUAGAAGACCGACUGUUCACUGUCACAGACCUGCCUCCAGACAAUCCGAGAGCUCUGUAUUCAGUCCGUUCCCUCAUAUCUCAAGCUCGAAGGUUUUUGGAUGUCUGUUUCAGUAAGAAGCUUAGUCUAAACUCCCUUUCUUACUCCUGCUGCUGGAAGACGCUGAAAGACAGCAUGAAUGUAUCUCACACCUCUCCUGUUCGUAAGCAUGAUCAUUUCGGUCGGUGCCGAUUGCAGUUUCCAAACGGAGAAUCAAAACUGGUUGAACUGGAGUGUCCUGGAGAGUAUGCUAGCUACAUCAGACCUGCAGUAGCCUGGUGCCAGUGUCUGGAUGAAAGAUCUCAGAGGAGUGUACUGCCUCCGGCUGUUAUAGAAAAUUGGUCGGUGGAAGCUGAACUCGAGAAGAUUCGGAGGUUUCAGUGUAUCCUUUUAUGA